AUGGCAACCUACAAAGGAAAUGUGAAAGAAUCACAGAGAGCUGCACAGCUCAUGAAACAGCGCGAAAAGGAGCGACAGGAAAUUGAGUUUCAGAAGAAGAAACUUGAAUCUGAACUUCGUGUGGGGGAGUUCUCAAGCAAGUUUGCAGUUCAUUACGAUGCUAUCGAAAGCCAGUUGAAAACCGACACUGUAAGUUAGCUUAGGGGAGACCUUUAAUCUCAGGUUAUAAAUUUAGGUUGGUUUGGUUACUUUGGAUGAGAUGAAGGCUCGUCAGCAGGCCUUCAUUACGCAACGGGAGAAGGAACUGGCUCUUGGAAAGGCUGGCGGUGCCAAGUCUCGUGACGGUCGCAGUCUGUUGGGUCGCCAAGGCGUCCUCCACAAAGUUUGUGACGUCUGAUGCUGAAUCUACUUUUAGCUAUAAUAUAGGGCCCAGUAUCGUUUUGCCCUGAUGAAGACGAACUUGAGGAAGAUGAUGAUGACGACACCGCUGCCCAUGCUGCUACUGAUGAUCCUGCGAGGGCUGUCAGCCCUGAGAAGACCUCAAAUUCCCCGCUUUCCACAGAGGAGGCCACUGCGCAAGUAAGCGAAACCUUUAAAUGAGCGAUUUUUCCUAUUCAGCCUACCUCCGAGUCGUCCUCGAACCAACCCCCAGAUAAUGACGACAGCUCUGGAGCAGAAGCUCCAAAAAAGCGCCGUCGGCUUGGCAAGAAUCCCGAUGUUGACACAAGUUUCCUUCCCGAUAUUGACCGAGAUGAGGAAGAAAAACAGUUGCGGUAUGCAUCGUCCUGUCCUUCCUUACGCCUGCCUGUGUUAUGCUGUCGUGUAAACUGUGAUUCGUAGCUUCUCUCACCUAGGUUGGUUUUUUGCAGGUGACCUACCGCACAUUUUAUGAAAUUUACAAGAAAAUCUCUGUAGUGUCGAAGUCCUUUAUUCCGGACUUCCAAAUUUUUAGCACAAAAAACUGUUCUUGAGAAGACAGGGUUCGGUUUAUAAGUUACUUAUAAAACGGGUGUAUUGCAGGCCACCUAGAUAAAGUUGCGUAUGACUGCAUAACAGUGGGGGUGCAACGAAAUGAGAAAACAACACAAAAUGGUAAAUACAAAAUAUCAGUACUUUGUUGGUUGUCAUUUUGAGUGCAAUACACUAGUUUGGAAGUCCAGGAAGUCAAACAACCAACCAACCAGUCCUCCUCUUUACUAUUACACUAGUCGGACCUGGGAUCUGGCAAACCGCUUAUGGUGGUAUGGGCAUUGUAAUUAUAAGGUGCAAAUUCAAGCUUAUCUUACAUCCGGACCCCCUUCCCUGUCCUGUGCAAGUUUCUCCUAAUAAGGCUGAAAGUAUUUCUAAUGGGAUGAGGUCAGUGCGGUUGACAGAGAUGAACACUGUUUUGAGACCUCAAGCGGAGGGGGAUGACUGUUUUCUGUAAAUUUAUAUUUUGGUCGUAGGCGUUAUUGGGGUCGUACCUUUUUUGAGCAGUGAACGGGAACGUUAUCUUGCAGAAUUAAAGCGGCCAUUCGGUGUUGUAGCCGAAAGCACCCUUGACGAUGUCGAUGAACACCUUACUAAUGGUAGCGUCCGUUGUUGGCCGUCAGAUGACCAUCCAAGCUAUCAACUGUUGGCUCUUUUUGAAAGUUGUGGUUCACAGUGUGCUCUUGUGAGAAGUUCCCUCCGCUUAUGACCUGCUGGGCCGUCUUUGUAGACUUGUCUAUAAGCAAGACCUCAUCGUGAUCAAUGUACUCCCUAGCAAAUCAACAACCUCUAGCCUGUCCCCUAUUGAAAAAUAAUACCUUAACCCUUUUAGAUGAUUAAACCACUGCACUCUUUUCAUAAUUAUGCGCAGGAAAGACACCGACGCGCAUAUAAUUUUUAGUGCCCGGUGAAUAAGUUUGUCGUCGUGCUUGUGGGACGUGCUUUUUCUUAGGCGCGGCCACUUCGCCAAUACUCGCCACCAGCCGGUUGCUAGUUUCCGUAUCUGCCCACACAUUUAUUACACGGCUUGAUAAACAUGUCAACGCGGCGCGGGCACUUAUGUAUUUGUUUGCACCUUCUAUUUCUUCGUGCGGUAAAACAAACGAUCGCCGAUUGGAUUUUUUAAUGAAUUUUAUAGCGCAAAGUGCCAUCCAUUUGUCAAUGGGAAUUUUUGAGACUGAGGCCACUUCCGGUUUUUCUCAAAAAAUGCGACUUUGCACACCUCGCCUUACUUUAUUUUCGCGGACACAAAGUCCGUAUUUCCGCUUAGUUAAGAGAGUUAGUGCAGACUUUUAGUGCUCAUGUUAAUGCUUCUUCACAGCAAAACGCACGCCAAACGCGGCCUUAGCCUGCGAAACUCGGCAGCGCGGAAAGUUACCCUGAUCUAGGGCAACGUCGACCCGUACUAAGUGCCCUGUUUUUCUUUAAUAAAAUGACUUUCGGACUUGUUCUCUUCCAGAAAAGGCCUUUUAUGCUUCAAGUAAUUUUGGUAAGCGAAAAUAUAAACAGCCCACAUUCUCCUGUCUGGCCAUUCAUAUUUUGGCCACAGUCUUUCAUUAUCUGCGUCACCUACUCUAUGUGCUUGUUUUGUCAUCGUUUCUCUUUCGAUUAUUUGCAAUCAUUGUGUUUGUCUUGGUAUGUGGUGCAACUUUUGCAUCUGGAAGGGACUUUAAUGGCAGUGACUUGCCCAUCCUCACAUUGAUGUCGUCCCUCCUUUUAAGGGAUACUUGGGUCAUUGCGGUACUCACUUAAGCUACGAAUAACUAAGUUAAUUCAUUGCUGUUAAGUGCCUUGCAGGUCUGCAGCGAAAAUCGCGAAUUUUUCCCUAACUGCUGCCAGAAUUUUUUGAACAGCUUUAAAAUAAUUAAAAAUAAACUUCUACGAAGAGUUCCUACCCUAAUUUUCCCUUAUCGAGGAACGGCAAGUGGAAUGCUUUUAACGUUGCAACAAUGUUUUUAAUUUAAAAAGAUUAUUUUAAGUCACUAGAUGAGAAGUAUUGAUGCCUAUGCUUCCUUUGUCUUCUUUAACUCCCUCUAUUAGGAAUUUGCCACACACCUUACUGAUCUCCCGUUUAACAAAUUUUCUUGUUCAAAUUUCCGAUUCAGAACUCAGCAGCAAGGGCAAAUCAAAGUGGGUAUCGACGUACCCUAGCUCUGUAUAUAAAGCCAGAAAAGAAAUGUCCAAGAGCGGACUGAAAUUUGACCUAUCAGAUAAUGCUCUCGCGUGACUGUGUGACGUCGUGGUGACCGGUUGUCAUUCGGGCACGUAGAGCAGACCUCCCGUUUCACAGUAAGAAGUACAUUUGUCAGGCGGGGACGAUAAAAAUCACCGACAGACGGCACCUAUAGGUUGGCUUAGCCGUGAGCCACCUGUCGCCACCACAGGUGCACAGUGAAGCGAAAUUCUGCGACGUAUAGCCGUAAGUAAACGAAUAAGCAGUCGAGAGCCACGAAGAAGUAGUAACUUCAGGCGUGACUGCAGCGGUUUUGCAAACAGAAAGUUCACAAGCCACAGCGGUAAUUGCGACAGGAGGAAUGUUCUCCGUCAGCCAAUAAAGCUUCAGUUGUCAUUUUCCGGAACAAUAUUGGAACAUUAAGCUGGUUCACCGACGGCAGCGCCGGGCUUCGAACUGAGCAAUUAGAAGAAACCCGCUCCCCUGCGAAUAACGGCUUAACUGGGUUUUUGGACAGUCGAACAAUCAAAACCGCGUGCUUUUCGGGCUUGCUGGAUGCGGAUGGUACCCAGGGGAAUUUUCUGCCCGACACUAGUAUUUAACGGGCUCGCAGAUGUCGACUGGAGACAGUCCGCAUCAUUCUUUGUUUGUUUAUGGGUACGUAGGUACAGGUUCCAUUUGCCUUGGGAUGCGUCACGUCCAAUAAGCGCAUUAGAUUUUUUGUCAUUGGUUACCUUUUUGUACGUAAUAAAUGUCCCAGAGCCGUGGCGUAACUGGUUUUGAAACCUCGACAGCCUGACUGGCUGUCGCUCGGACAGCUAUUCUCAGGCGUCCGCAAAACCGGAAUUGUUCAUGUCAUUUGAUUUUGAAAUUAGUCUGACGCAUUUAUCAGGCGCAUUACGGGAGGUUCUUAAACAGCAGCAUCGAGUGGGCCCCGACCUCAUAAGACUGGUUAAGAUGACUUUCUAUAUUGGCGUAUAAGACAAAGUGACUUAUCACAUUUUAUGUGUAUAUUUUAUGUAUAGGACCUAAACGUUCCGUAUUAUUGAUCGUGUAGGGAUGAACUGCGAAGAGAGUGGCAUGCGAAACAGACAGCCAUUAAGGAGGAAGAAAUCGCAAUCACCUACAGCUACUGGGACGGUUCGGGUCAUCGCAGGCAGGUGAAAAUGAAGAAGGGCCAUUCUAUUCAUCUUUUCCUUCACCGUUGUCUGGACCAGCUGCGCAAAGACUUCUCCGAACUGAAGUCCGCUACCGCUGACCAGAUGAUGUACAUUAAGGAGGACUUGAUAAUACCUCAUCACUAUACCUUCUACGAUUUCAUCGUGAGCAAGGCGCGCGGCAAGUCAGGUCCUCUCUUCUCAUUUGACGUGUAUGACGAUGUUCGGCUACGGAUGGACGCUAAGGUAGAAAAGGAGGAGUCGCACGCCGGCAAGGUCUGUCUACGCAGCUGGUAUGAGCGUCACAAACAUAUCUUCCCCGCGAGUCGUUGGGAGCCCUAUGACCCGGCCAAGAAUUGGGACCAGUAUACCAUAUCGGACAAGAUGUCGGCAAAAAUUGUUGUCCGAUGA